AUGCCAUCAGACAACUACAACUUUGCCGACAUCUUCCAAGCUGUCUUCAUCUCAAAGCAGAAGCCAGCUCCCGAACCCAUCGUCGACAUAAUGAAGGCCAUCAUUCAAAGCUAUCCCCCAUUGGGUCAAUACACCGAGGUCCCAAACGGACGUCUCACGGUGACAGCAGUUCUUGAGAUACCUGCCUCACGUGCAUGUGAGCUUUGGGAGGUAGCUCUCUGGCACUCCAGUGACGGGGCUGAGUGGGCCGAGACUAUUCUUUCCCGUGUCCCCGACGGAAAUACCCCGACGACCUUGCAGACGGUCCCAGAUCAUAUUCAGCGGUUUUUCUACUCUGCCUCAGUUGCGUUCAACAAGUCGUUCCAAUUCACCCUUAAGUUUCGACAUAGCGACAGUGAACCAUGGAGGUGGACUCGUGACGAGCUUGGAGUCGGUGAUGCAAUGGUGGUUCUGAAUGAGAAGCCUGCCCUUGAGAGUAUUUCCGAACGCUUCGACGACCUUGUCCCGGGUCUGAGUCCCGCUUGGGAGGUGAAGUCCUUAAUGAGCCAGGCACCUGGAACUCGGCUAUGGUCUCUGAAGGCGGCCGUAGAGGGUGUUGAGGGGGACGAGUCGAAGCUCGCCGAUAUACCAGUGGGUAUGCCGUGGGGAGGCUUCCUAAGAUGGUUUGCCCUCAUUCGUAUCUGGACACCUUGGCUGGCUCCUCGGCAUGGAAGGGAUUCAUUCCGGCUGGAUAAAGACGGCGUGCUCUGUGCCUUCUUAAGCACUAGGGGCAAGCAUUUGGUCUUCCUGGCUGUCAGUGGCGUCAACAACGUUCUCUCUGUGUUCCGCAACAAUGAGUCCGGGCAGCUUACUGUCCAUGCUCGUAAUGAUGGCACAAACUCGGAACCAGCCAUCAUUCUAGCCGCGAUAGGCGACAACUUUGAGAGUGCAAACGCUGCGGUCAUGUACCAAGCUCGAAACUAUAUUCUCCAAGUGAAGAAGGAAAGCAACGAGCUAUUGGCGGAGAUGAAGGCUCUUAAGGAAGGCGUGAAACCAGAAUGGAUGGAGAACUGGUAUGAUGGUCUGGGUUACUGCACUUGGAAUGCUCUCGGACAGCGCCUUACCGACGAAAAGGUGUUUGAUGCUGUUGACAAACUUGCAGAGAACAACAUCAAGGUCACGAGCCUCAUUAUUGACGACAACUGGCAAAGCAUCGACUACAAAGGACAUGGCCAGUUCCAGCAUGGCUGGGUCGAGUUCGAGGCUGAACCAAAGGCAUUCCCCAAGGGUUUGAAAGCCACAGUAUCGCACAUCCGGCAGAACCAUCCUCACAUUCAACACAUUGCCGUAUGGCAUGCUCUAUUAGGCUACUGGGCGGGUAUCUCGCCUGACGGUAAGAUUGCACAACAGUACAAAACCAUAGAUGUUGUCCGAGAAGACGCCGAGAGACGGAACCUGCCCCUCGGAGGCAAGAUGACAGUCGUGGCCAAGGAGGACGUGGACAAGUUCUACAACGACUUUUAUAAGUUCUUGCUCGACUGCGGUAUAGACGGCGUUAAGACCGACGCCCAGUUCAUGACCGAUACAUGGGUCUCGGCGAGCGCCCGUCGCGAACUGAUUGAUGCCUACCUCGACGCGUGGACGAUAGCCUCGCUGCGGCACUUCAGCAUCAAGACUAUAUCAUGCAUGUCGCAGACGCCGCAUAUCAUGUUCUACAACCAGAUGCCGCGCAACCGGCCCGCCAUUCUCUGCCGCAACUCGGAUGACUUCUUCCCCGAGAUCCCCGCCUCGCACCCCUGGCACGUCUGGACCAACGCGCACAACAGCUUGUUCACGCAGCACCUCAACAUCCUGCCCGAUUGGGACAUGUUCCAGACCGUGCAUGACUACUCAGGCUUCCACGCCGCGGCGCGCUGCGUCAGCGGAGGACCGAUCUACAUCACCGACGUUCCCGGGCAGCACAACCUGGACCUGAUUAAUCAGAUGACGGGCCCAACGAUCCGCGGCAAGACUGUCAUCUUCCGGCCCAGCGUGGUGGGGAAGACCAUAGAUCCUUACACGGGAUACGACGAUGAUGGGCUGCUCAAGGUCGGAAGCUACCACGGCGCCGCCGUCACGGGUACCCCGAUCCUCGGCGUGUUCAAUAUCUCGGCCCGACCUCUGACGGAGAUCAUCCCCCUCACCUCCUUCCCCGGAGUUUUGCGCUCUAUGCGCUACGUCGUCCGAGCCCAUUCUACUGGAAAAGUCAGCCCGCCCGUCUCUCCUGGCUCCCCUGCAUCCGCUCUGACAGUGUCCCUGGAUGUCCGCGGAUACGACAUUCUUACCGCCUACCCGCUCUCCAGCUUUGACAGCGAGGUGAAGGGCAAGGUCUGGACCGCUAACCUGGGCCUGGUGGGCAAGAUGACAGGCGCGGCUGCCAUACUCAACAGCGAUUUCAUGCUGCGACAUGAUGGAAAGGUCGAGCUCAAGACUCGCCUAAAGGCGCUCGGCGUCCUGGGUGUCUACAUUUCCAAGCUGCCGGAGCUGACGAUCGAGGACGACUUCCUCGUCACCAUCCAGAACCAAGUGAUCCCCGUCCACACUGUGUCCAUCAGCAAGGGCAACGACUCUGUCGUCGAGAUUGACGUUGAGAAGGCUUGGCAGGAAAUGGGUCUGCACCCUGGUUGGAGCAACGAGGUUGAGAUGACGGUCAUCUUUGCGAUUGAUCACGAAGAGGCGGCGUAA